AAUCAUGGAUCAGGUAAUGCAAUUCGUGGAACCCAGUCGUCAGUUUGUAAAAGACUCCAUACGACUUGUUAAAAGAUGCACCAAGCCUGACAGGAAAGAGUUCCAGAAGAUUGCCAUGGCAACAGCAAUAGGCUUUGCAAUAAUGGGAUUUAUUGGUUUCUUUGUCAAAUUGAUCCAUAUCCCAAUCAACAAUAUCAUUGUAGGCGGCUGAAUAUUCAUCGUGAGGAACAAGACAUUGUGACACUUGCUGCAAAGAUUUCACAGUGUUGUAACUUGUUUGCUAUUAAACAAGCUCAGUUUAUGUCCAAACAUUCAUGUCAUCUUACUCCUUUUUUAAAGUGUAUGUGAUCAUACCUGUCUACAUUGAGGGCUUUUUUUUUCAGUA